CUAGACUAAAUUGGAUAACUGCAUAUUUUCUUCUUCGCGGCCGCCGCAUGUCGACCUAGGACUUUUAUUCACAUCCCAGAGAGUUGGUGGGGAAGGACCAAGCAGAAUGCAUUGGAAGACAUCUCUCGUGGCCGUUGCCACCCUGGUCCCUUCGUCUGCGACCUUUUUCGUCUUCCCAGAGGAUGUGAACGCCACGGCGCUAGCCCGAGCAUAUGGAAUUGACGGCACCUGCUUUGCGGCCUUGAACUCGACGAUUGACUGUCACCCGGCGACAGUUGCAAGAGUCCACAGCCCAGACGAUAUCUACUGGACUGCGGACAAUAUCACCAAGCUCUGUACCUCGAGCUGCCGCGAGAGUAUGACGAACUCGGUGUCAAAGGCCACAGGGUUGUUCAUGAUAUGGUUUCCCACAUGCAUGCAUUUAGUGUCAGGACUCCUUGUCCACAGAGAAAACGGAAGACCAAGAAGAUGAAAGAAAUAAACAGUCAUCAUAACUGACAUGCCGUGCUCAAUUUGCCGUGGGCUCAACCAGGAUGAGAAUAACAGAAGUAUUCCACUGAAUGACAUACCUUAGUAAUGAUGGACGCGAGCAUUUUCUUCUUCUUCUUUUUUCUUUUUCUUUCUUUAGAAGUUAACAUAAGGUAACACAUAUCAUAUGGUCAUGUGCCGCCUUCGCGGGGGGGUGAAGCUGAAGUUUCUGUCACUUUCAGGCAUGAUAUCAGAGCUAUGAACAUGCUCAUUUAUUGAAAUAUAAUGCACCUAUUCGGUGGCAUACUGACUGGUUAAUAUGUUGCUUAUUAUCUGUGGAUCAGGCUAUGGCAAGGAAA